AUGAAGUUAGCUUUUGACUUCUUCCUCUCCUUCAUGCCCUACAUCCAAGCCAUCACCAAGCCCUUUAGUGGGUACCUUUUUCUCCUGAGUCCUUUUGACAGGACUGCUCUGAUCUUGGAGUACUUCCUUGUUAUCUCUUUGGGAAAUUACGUAUCACUUCAGAAACAAAUAUACUGUAAACCUCACUUUAAACAACUUUUUAAGUCUAAAGGAAAUUAUGACGAAGGUUUUGGACACAAACAGAAUAAAGAUAAAUGGAACCGCAAAAAUCAAAGCAGUUCAGCGAACAUCAUUCUCAACGAAGAGCCAUGUAUAUGUAAAAGCACUACAACAAACACUCUUAUACCUGAAGAUUUUAUGAAACAUUUAGAUGCUGGUGACAGUGAGUGUCAAAGGGAUGAUCUGAGAAAGUUGGGGGAAAGAAGAAAGUUAAAAAUAAUUUGGCCUCCUUCCAGGGAAAUUCCUAAGAAAAUCUUUCCGUUUGAAGAUGAACUCAAAAUGAGUAAGCCUAAAUGGCCACCUGAAAUGACAACUCCUCUCUCCUCUGAAUUUAAAACUGAAUCACUGGUAGAACAUUUUAAAACACUAGAAAAUCAAGAACCAGAAAACAUUUCUUUCCUACAGCCAUAUCUGCUAUCUGCCCCUAAGUAUCAGAAGGAGGAUAUUACAAAAGUCAAAGACAUGAGAAUAUAUGAAGCCAAAAAAGAUGAGAAGAAGGUAGGAAAUACGAAUGUGCAAGAUAAGUUGAAUGAAGCAGAAGAUGCAAAGAAUAAAAGAAUAAGUGGAAUGGAUCUUAAUGACAACAAUAAUGUGAUUGUGCAGAGUGCUGAAAGGGAGAAAAAUGAAAAAACUAAUGAACCUGAUGAUUCAGAAGUUUUACAGGUUACUAACACUGAUGAUGAGGUGGUGCCAGAAUAUCAUAAAGAGAAUUUGAAUAAGAAUAAUAAUAACAAUCAUGUAGCGGUCUCAUAUCUGAACAAUUUCAGGCAGAAGACAUCUAUUUUAGAAUUACCUAAUCUAUUACCACUGUCAAGUGCUACAAGCUACACUGCAAGCAAAUACCAAAUUAAAACACUGGGAAGUGCAUCCAGAAUUUCAGAGUAUAUUUAAAUCUGAAGAGAUGUAUUCAAGGAAUUAAUAGCUGCAGGGCUGGAGGAGCAGACUGACAGAGCAACUGCGGGCAGUCCUGUGCAGUCUGCCCAGACCCGCGCCUCCAGGGGGCUUCCUCACUAGGGGAAGCUCAGUAGUCUUCUGAUGCAACUCCUUUAAACACUAAAGGGAUCCAUCCAAAUAGCAGAAAUUUACAAUUUUCUAUUUUUAAUGAAUAUUAUCCAACAUGCAUUUUAUUUUUUUAAUUUAUUUUUAUUAGUACAUGUUUCAAGUACAAGACAAUUACAUCCACUGCGGGAAUUUGGUACAUGUACAUAGCACAUCUCCAUUCUUUUUUCAUUCUCUUUCACACCCCUCCCUCCCGCUUCCUAUCCCCACUCUCAUCAUCACCUUCCCUUUUGCAACAGAGCUCUCUCCUUUUUCUCUUUUCUAACAUAGUGAAAGUCACUGCCCUACCAAGAAAACUGAGAUCAUUUUGAGUGCGACUGAUCAGACAGUGUGUAUCAACUGAAACAUAUGCCGUGUUCGUAUUUAAGACAAUUUGGAAAGGACGUCACUCGCUGGCGUGCUGAAACAGCAAGAACAGUCCACGUUGGUGGAAACAUAAAUGUUGGUGCUGUGAGCCUGGAAUGUGCAGCUACGUCUUCAUGCUCCAGCAUGAGGACCAUCCCGAACGACUGACUGCAGAGAGCAGAAAGGCGCACGUGCCACAGUGACACUGAGUGGAGCAUCUCUGGCCAUUUGCAAUCCAUACUCAGUCACUGAGAGAUAGUGAUGUUCUGUGAUAAGAUUUUAGGGACUUUGACAACCUUUUUUGAACUUACAAGCACAUUUAAGAAUCACAUGUGUUUCACAAAGUAAUAUUUAUUGUACUACACUUCAUAAUUUUUGUAAUUCAUUUUAAUCUACUUUUGUUCUGAAUGUAAUGACGUAAUGAAAUAGUAUUUCCUCUCAAACAGCACUUACAUGUAUCACUGUUUUUCUGUGUAACAUCAUGGGUGAGAGACUCUACACUACUGCUAUUUAUUACAGUUCUUAUACCUUCUCCAAAAUUUCUGCUGAAAUAAAAUUAAAUCACCUGGUAUGCAAACCAA